AUGUCUCAGCAUUUCACGAAAUUUCUCCACUACCAAACCCUCGGCGAAUUUCUUGAAUUUGUCAGUUCAAAUGGAGGUGCUUAUAUUAAUAAUGCAUUUGGUCCUUCCUUUGGUCAGGAUUUUGAAGUUAUCGACCCUGCUUCAGGAACAGAAUGGGUCACCUUAAAAGGGUGUAGCGAAGCAGAUGUGGGUCGGGCAGUAGCUGCUGCUAGUACGUGUUUUGAAUCGUAUCGACGAAUUCCCGCUAGGGCAAGAGCCAGGUUGAUUUUGGAAUGGGACAGACUUAUACGGGAGUAUAAAUCAGAAAUUGCCCAUAUCAUAACCUUGGAGACUGGAAAGCCAUUCAAAGAAGCUUUAGGUGAAGUAGAUUAUGCCCUCACGUUUUCCUGGUGGAUGGCUGGUGAAGCAGAGAGAACCCAUGGGUCGGUUAUUGAUGGAGCUGCUAUUGCAUCUAAUAGAUUCUUAGUUGUUAAGAAACCAAUUGGUGUAGUAGGCUGUUUGACAGCUUGGAAUUUCCCUGUUGCUCUUCUGGUACGGAAAGUAGCUACGGCACUGGCAGCUGGAUGUACAGUUGUAGCCAAGCCCUCUCCGGAGACUCCAGUAUCAGCUUUAAUGAUAGCAAUGUUGGCUGAACAUGCUGGAUUCCCUGCUGGUGCCUUCAAUGUGCUUCCUUGUGAUAUGAAGCAUACUCCUGAAAUUGGAAGAGCUAUUUGUGAGCAUCGCGACGUCAAAAAGGUAUCAUUCACUGGAAGUACUGCAGUGGGUAGACUUCUUGCUAGUCAGUGUGCACCACAUUUGAAAAAGCUGACUUUGGAGUUGGGUGGAAAUGGUGCUUUCAUAAUUUUUGAUGAUGCUAAUUUGCCUCUGGCAGUCAACUCUUUGAUGCAAUGCAAAUUUAGGAAUUCUGGCCAGACUUGUGUCUCGGCCCAGCGUGUCUAUGUUCAAUGUUCCAUAUACAACAAGGUAGUUGAAAUGCUACAAUCACGAAUUGCAUCUGACCUAGUUGUGGGACCCGGUUUAAACGGAAACACAAAUCUUGGACCAUUGACAACUUCCAGAUCUGUAUCGAAAGUUGAGAGCCACAUUCAUGACGCUGUCAAUAGAGGUGCCAAGAUUGUAGUUGGCGGCCGGGUUCCUGAUUAUACAGAUCCCAAUGGAUACUUUUAUGAGCCAACACUUCUAGCAGAUGUUCAUGAAGAUAUGCUUAUCAGUAAAGAAGAAACUUUUGGACCAGUUCUUGCAUUGUAUAGGUUCGAAAGCGAGGGCGAAGUGAUCAGACGGGCAAAUAAUACCGACAUGGGACUGACUUCAUAUUUUUUCACUGAAAAUGCCAACCGUAUAUGGAGAGUUUUUGAAGCGCUCGAAUGUGGAAAUGUUGGUAUUAAUACUGGGAUGACUACUAGUGCUGAAGCUCCUUUUGGAGGUUGGCAUGACAGUGGAUAUGGUAAAGAAGCUGGCCUCAAAUAUGCCAUUGACGAAUAUCUAAAGGUGAAGUCAGGCACUUGGCAAGUUGAUUUCGAUCAAAAUAGAUAG